AUGGCUGACCCUGGCGAGAGCCUUGACAAGGCCACCAUUGCCAACGACGCUCCCACUGCUGUUGGGGACUUCCUUGAGCAGUCGUAUCUCACAUACGUGGUGCCGUCACGGACAAACAUCAAUCUAGACGAUGCAUUCAAAGAUGCCGGCUCCGGGAAGCCAAUUCUCGAAUCAAUAGAGCCACGGGAAUCGCUCUUUUUCGAUGAAACGGUUGACGUGCUUCUCAUUCUCAAGAUGCCAUGGUCGGAAGAGAAUGAACUGCAGGCACAGAUCAGACGGCUCGUCAUCUCGCUUGAAGGCCAGAUUGUUAAUAACGUCCCAGCAGACCGGAGCUCACAACCGGUGUCUGAACCGAUAUUCAAAGGACGCGUUCCAGACGUCACUGACCCCUUUAUUAUCGUAGACGAAGAGAAGGAGGAUUCCGAAGACGGCGCCUCUCAGAGCGUCUACGCCAUGUGGAAACUGCCCGUGUUCUUAAGCCGGCCUAGAAUACGGCUACAACGUCCAACAGUCGUCUUCACCGCAUCCGCGAGCGUCAAGCCCGACGCCAGAGGCGAGGCCAGCACCCGCGGCACGGGAUAUCUCCAAAGCGGCAUGCCAUCCAGCUUCAACCUUCUCGAAUCCUUCUCCUCCGACCCGGCCCUCAACGGCAUCAAACCGCGCCUAUCCGCCCUCCGUGUAUCCAGAGUCGCCCCCGUCAGCAGACGGCAAGACCAGGUCGCGCACCUACGCGCGCAACCACACCUCAGAAUACCAGUACAUCCCGCGAUCCACGCCCGGGUACGAUUCUCUCGCCCAAACACGGCGCAGUCGACUUCUGCGCUCAUCGCCAUGCUCGAAGUCGACUUCACGCCCCACGCGGAAUGCGAGGUCCUCCUCGACGACAUCAACCUCGCCACCAACGACGGCACGGUGCAGAGCCUCAACGACGACGAGCUAAUGAAGCUCCCCAUCCGCUGCGUGUCCCACGACCACGUCACGUUCCUGUACCACAUCAAACCGCACCAGGCGGACAACGCGCCCAGGAACUUUACAGGAUCGCUCGACAUUUCCGUCACCGCCACCGCCCAAGUCGUCCCCGGCGUCUGCACCCCCAAGCUGUCCAUGGCCUGGAACGCCGCCCUCGACUUCACCAUCCCCGUGAACCCCAGCUUCAACAACAUGGCUGACUCAUCCGGCAUCCAAAGGGCCCACAAGCCCUCGCAGCUGUCCAUCGGCAGCAACGCGACCGUCACGCCGCUAAAGUCCCCAUCCGUCACCCGCCCCGACGCCCUGCCCGGCCUCGAAGCCUCCGCCCGCGCGGAAGCCGCAGUCCCCGAUCUCGGCAUCACCGUGUCCUUCACCGGCCCUUCGCAGCCAGUCCACCCCGGGGACGUGUUUUCGUGGACAGUGUACGUUGUGAACCGGUCGUCUGACAAGACGAGCCGCCCGCCGCGGAAACUCGCUCUUGUUGCGGUGCCGAGGCGUCGCCGCAACGAUACCCGACCUGCUCGUCCGCCGUCGACGGCGACUCGGCGGAGGGGCGAAAAGGAAAUCGCCGACGCCGUGGUGGACGUCAACAUUCUUCAUGCUCUGCAGAAGAAUUCUGCCAUGGAUGCAACCGACGUGAUUUGCCUCAGUGCCGAUACGCGCGUGGGACCCCUGGCCCCUGGGGCAUGCCACGUCGUCGAGCUGCAGUUCUUGGCCCUGCGCGAGGGCAUUGUGGGUGUCGAGGCAGUGAGGGUGGUGGACUUGGGGUCUCAGGAGCACGUUGAUAUACGGGAGUUGCCUACCACGAUAGUAGAACCCGCUGCUGCAUGA